GAGCUGAUGCAAGACUGUGCACGCUUUAUCUGACCCAGCAUGAAUGCAUGAGGGGUGUAUAAUGUGUUUUUAAUCACACUCACAACAUAAAAUCUGCAAAGUAUAAUCCAGAUUGUUUUAAGGAAGAGGUAGAACAACAACAACAAGAAGCAUGUGCUGGACUUGGAGGAGAGCUGCUUAGGAGCUGUGGAAUGAGAUUUGUGCGACUUUAAAGUGGAUCAGUGUUUUGUAAUGAAUGUUUUUUUUUCCUCUCUCUCUCUCUCUCGUCGGUGCGCCUGCCCUAUUAUUAGCUACGGAGGCCUUACAGUUAGUGGAGGUGGUUCCAUGACGGUCAGGGCUGCAGCUCUGCAACGCACCGACAGGCUUCAGAUCAGCGUUCGUAUUUUUGGCAAUGCAAUCGGACUUAACGCACUGAUCCAGGGGACCUUUCCUGACACAUCCACGGUCGGUGCACGCUCUGUUUUCAAGCCUCGUUCACCUUGCCUUGAAGAUGAAGUUAAACACGAGCCGCCGUCAGGUGCGAGCCGCAUCCGAUGGAGCCCUGCUUUUUGUCUCGUUCAUCGACCAACCCCAUGCAGCACUUCCUUAUGUUGCGGUCUCAGCUGACAGAUUCUGAUAUGGACUAUGAGAGGCCAAACGUUGAAACUAUCAAGUGUGUGGUGGUCGGAGACAAUGCCGUUGGAAAGACCCGCCUUAUCUGCGCCCGGGCCUGCAAUGCCACGCUGACUCAGUACCAGUUACUCGCUACACAUGUGCCCACAGUCUGGGCAAUUGACCAGUAUAGAGUAUGCCAGGAGGUACUGGAGCGCUCCAGAGAUGUGGUGGAUGACGUUAGUGUGUCCCUUCGCCUCUGGGAUACUUUCGGAGACCAUCACAAGGACCGGCGUUUUGCAUACGGCAGGUCAGAUGUGGUGGUAUUGUGUUUCUCAAUCGCCAACCCCAACUCUCUAUACCAUGUGAAGACCAUGUGGUACCCUGAGAUCAAGCACUUCUGCCCCCGUGCUCCUGUCAUCUUAGUGGGCUGUCAGCUGGACCUGCGCUAUGCAGACCUGGAGGCAGUGAACAGGGCACGGAGGCCUUUAGCUAGACCCAUUAAAUCCAAUGAGAUUCUUCCUCCAGAGAGAGGUCGGGAGGUGGCCAAAGAGUUGGGAGUGCCAUAUUAUGAAACCAGUGUUGUUGCUCAAUUUGGAGUCAAGGACGUCUUUGACAAUGCUAUCCGAGCUGCACUCAUCUCACGCCGCCACCUGCAGUUUUGGAAAUCACACCUCAGAAAUGUUCAGCGGCCUCUCCUUCAGGCGCCCUUCUUGCCACCAAAACCUCCCCCACCUAUAAUCACUGUGCCUCCUCCCCCAACCACCACGGAGGAGCAUCCGGUCGGCCUUCUGGAGGACCCACACUGUGCCGACGUCAUCCUGGUCCUGCAGGAGCGACAGAAAAUCUUUGCACACAAGAUAUACUUGGCGACAUCCUCUUCAAAGUUCUACGACCUCUUCAUUAUGGACACGCAAAAUGAGGAAACUGAAAGGCCCGCUCGGGGUCCUCUCUCUGGCCGAGAGCUGCUGAUGCGUGCUGCUAGCUUUGAUGUUUGCGAAAGCAGCGAUGACGGAGACAGGGCAAACCUUAGGGCCUGCACAAGUGAUGGGACCUUGAAAGACUCCGAGGGGGCCCGACGGGGCAGAAUGCUCUCCUCGUGGAGCCGAGCUUUCGUCAGCAUCCAGGAGGAGGUGGUAGAUGACCCAGUAACAUACAGCCCCAGGCCCAUGACUGUAGUGCACAUGGAUCAGUCCAUGCAGCUCGGCCCUUUCCGAGCAGUACUUCGCUACCUGUACACAGGUCAGCUAGACGAGAAUGAGAAAGAGCUAAUGCACAUUGCACACAUUGCCGAGCUGCUGGAGGUCUUUGACCUGCGGAUGAUGGUGGCAAACAUACUUAACAAUGAAGCCUUCAUGAACCAAGAAAUCACCAAAGCCUUCCAUGUACGGCGCACAAACAGAGUCAAAGAGUGCUUGGCCAAAGGCACCUUUUCUGAUGUAGUAUUCAAGCUGGAUGAUGGGACCAUCAUGGCCCACAAGCCUUUACUCAUCUCUAGCUGUGACUGGAUGGCAGCUAUGUUUGGCGGGCCUUUUGUGGAGAGCUGCACCAAAGAGGUGCUGUUUCCCAACACAACUCGCAGCUGUAUGAGAGCUGUGCUGGAAUAUCUGUAUACGGGGCGGUUUUGUUCUCGGUCUGACCUGGAUGCAAUGGAGCUUAUUGUUCUUGCCAAUCGUCUUUGCCUGCCCCACCUGGUUGCCCUUACAGAGCUCUACACAGUGACAGUAUUGACGGAGGCAGCGAUGAUGGGGGCUGACAUUGAUGGAGAUGUGCUGGUGUACUUGGAUAUGGCCCAGUUCCACGGUGCCCAACAGCUCACUGGCUGGUGUCUUCACCACAUUUGCACCAACUACAACAGUGUCUGCCGCAAGUUUCCCCGAGACAUGAAAGCCAAGUCUACAGUUUAUUCUGAUGCAGAGAACCAAGAGUACUUUGAGAAACAUCGCUGGCCACCUGUGUGGUACCUGAAAGAGGACGACCACUACCAAAGAGCACGCAAAGAACGCGACAAAGAGGACUACCUGUACCAGAGGCGGCAAUGUAAACGCAAGUGGCUCUUCUGGAACCUCCCUUCCUCCCCUAACUCAAACUCUCCUUCUUCUGGCUCAUCCGCUGUCAUCUGACCCAAGUGGUAAGGCCAGGUCCGCUCUGGAAGUACAUCAGUGUGGACGCGAGGUUGUAAAGAUACAAUACAAGAAAAGCACUGUUGGCUAGGUAUGCCCCCCCAAUUAUUCAGGCACAGUUCCUCCUCCUGUUUGUUUGCCUCUGCAGUCAAACGGCACUCCUCCAGGUUUGCAAGGUCAGCUCAAUCUGACGGUUAAAGUAAUGAGUUUUGUUCCUUAGAUUUUUAGCUUCGUGUACAUGAGACUCAAACCUCAGUGAUAUGAACCUCACUGACAAAUGGCACAGUGUAACUGGCGCAAAUAGCAACUCGUAUUGAUUGUUAUGUGUGUUCCACUACCUGAGUUUUAAGUUUUAGAAAUAGGACUCUGCUGGCACAGAACUUUCCACCUAUGAUCAUAAUUAUCAUCAAUUAACGUGAACUGAUAACCAAGUGCUGCUUAUCAGCUGCAACAACCAGCAAUUCAACACAGAACUUCUCAGUCUCAGAGAUAUAACACUUUGCCCUUAAGUGUUUGUACAAUCUACCAAACUAUGUGUAAAGUAUGAUCUCAUCAACAGGAUGUGACAACGAUAAAGCCUGCCAGGAAUCAGUUAUUGACGUCAUUCACUCCAACCGUGCUGAUUAUGAUCGUGGACGGAUAAAUGAAAGUUCCACUCCUGUUAAUUUUUCUUCAGUCAUUUAUAUUUUUGAAUGUCUGUGCACGGCUCGCACAGCUAAAAGUGACGUGAGUCUGGACACACUGCGCAUUUUCCGUAUUGUGAACGUGUGAUUUGUGGCCUCAUGUCACAAAAGGGCUUUAGUUUACAUGAAUGCAUUCAGUGUCCCGAGACACAAGAUCCCAAAUCAAGGAAAAUAUCUGUAUUUUCUGUAAAAUGCCAGCAAAAACAAACCAGAUCACUAAUUAUGUGUUGCUUGAUGAGGCUUGUUAGCACACAUGUUUCCAGAGUCCUUCGGUUUUUACAUUGAACGGUUUCCAUCAGCUUAAUCACUGUCAUCCUGGAAGGCAACACAUGAUUCAUCUCAGAGGCAGUAGCAACAUUUCUAGAGCUAAAGUGACCACAUGUACAUUACCAUCCCUUUGUGACGGCGCGUCAUCCGCCGCUGGUGGCGAUUCGGCCCGUAGAGAUUUAACGUAACCGAUCAGAGGACGCCCUCCUGACUGUCUGCAGUUGGCCCGCGUAGGACUUCUACAUGCAGGAGGCUUCCUCACGUUUGGGUGAAGUCAGUCAUCCAUAUUCUUCUACUACACACCUCGAGCACUUUCUGGACUCUUCUCCACAGAGACACACACAUACACGCAAGAACCUCCAGAAGCAGCAUCCUGGUGAACGCCACCUAAAAACAGUGGUGGUGCAAUGAAACGCUGCGGCAAAUGUAAAGAAAGAAACUGUGGAUGAUACAAGACCAUGAUAUUUAAAAUGUUAAAAAAAAAAAGUUGUAAAGAUGUUUAGAUCAAAUCAUUUUUCAUGAUUUGUUUUGCACACCUCACAGUAUAUGUUCAAGAUUGUCAUCUACUGUUGUACUUGAUUGUAGGAUGGACUUGUGGUGCUCAGUGAAGAUGGGUAGUAUUGUAAAUUGUACAGAAUAUCAGACGAACUGCAAGUAACUCGCAUCACUCUAACGUGCAGUUACCCAAUGUUGUGCACUGCAGGCAGUGAGCAGAAUCGUACAGUAUUACUGAGUAAUACAUAUACUGAAUAUAGACUUGACUUAUCCGACUUGCAUUUAGUUACUGUGCAGCUACAAACUGUUGUCGAUAAAUACCUGAAAAUACUCAUUGUGCUGACCUCCAGUUACAUCUAUUAUAUGCUGUAGUAUACAUGCAAAUUACAGACAGAAUAGUAAAAUAGGGUUACAGUGCAAAGUAAAGUAGACACAUGUUUAUAUAAACAACAUUAUAAAGACUUAAAAAACAAAACGGAAAAAAAAAACACUCCAUUGUUGUCAAAAAUUCAGAUUGCAGCGUUUGCUUUUGCAGCAUAUGUUAAAGAGAGCUCGCUUUAAUCCUGCAUAUGAUUGGGUUAUACUUUUCCAUACUGAUUUUUGAGUAGGCAGAUACCUAGAGCCCGACAAAGAGCUUAAAAAGUGGUGUGAAUCGACUCGGUGACAAACGGUUCCUUGCUUGUAUUAUCUCCUCACUUAAUAACUACACUGCAUGAACGGGGCUCGCCAAAAUAGAUGAAGUUAGACGUAGAUUAGUAGUGGUGCUGGUGCUCUAAGCAGUAGCUUUAAAUUGUUUUCGAUUACAUGGAUUUUGUCUAUUGCUAAGUAAACAUAAGAACUGUCAUUCUGAAUGUUUUAAUGGAUCAAAUCUUUGGGCACACGUGGUCAGACGUUUGGAGUAUCGUUCUCUUUUUUAGAGUUUAAUUCUGAAUGUUUGAAUUUAUUAGAUCAUCUGACUAAUAAAUAAUAAUGUCCAGUUUUUACACACUAGUUUAACAGCAGGGAGGGUCUGUAAUGUUAUAAUUUGCCUUUGGUGGUGCGAUUGAAAUUUCAUAGACAUACAUUUCAUUCCUCGGUGCAUUGCAUUCAUCAAUGAAUCUUCUGCUGAUGUUUUGCAUUGACAACACCUCAUGCCUUAAUGUACAGUGUAGUGUAUGGUAUCGAAUGUAAAGUAGCGUUACUGUGGUUUGUUUGCUAUGUGUUCAGUUACCAUGGUGCUCUCUAGGUUGUGUAUGUGUGUGUGUGUAUUUGUGAAUGUACAUAAUUCAUCACUUGGAUGUAAAGCAGCCAAUGUAUGACUCGAGGAGCUCGAUGUGUGUGUGCUUUAGUUUGAACACUGCGUAGGAUUUUUUUAUUUUCUCUCGAAGCUGUAAACAGAAAAAAACUAAUUAAAGACUCUGACCAUCAAGGCCACACUAGACUAACAUAAUGACGAACCAUUAAUUUGUGACAUUAACCAUGAAAUGAAUGCAGGGAUUUCAAAUUUGCUUCAUUAUUUUGAGGUUGCUUUAUGCUUAACAAGCUCCGAUUUUAGACAUUCGCGGCCAUUGGGAGUUAGAUGUAAAUAGUAAAUCGUGUGAUGAUUGCAAACUUGACAUAGCAAUUGAUACAAGCUGUUGCAUAGUUUAACAUAGAUACUGUUUUUGUACUAUGCAUACUGAUAUGUCUGACUUUGAAACUACAAACUUGCACUGCUUUGUAGCACCAGGUUCUAUUCAAACUGCAUUAGAGGGGUAAUAGCAACAUCAUUUAAGAUACGUAGACAACAUCAGGUGAUAAAAAAUAAAUAAAAAAACAUGAAAAAAAAAUUAGAUCAUAAAUUACAAAGAAGUUGUCACUGGGGCCCGUUUCCAUAUAUUUGGGUGCUAAUAUCACCGCUGCAGAGAAGCACAAACCAAAGGGAGCUUUAGCAGCACCAGGAAUAUAUUAUAUAUGCUGCACAAUCACUACUGCAUAGUUUAAGAGGCCUUGUUCAGAAAUGGUUGAAAAUAAAUAAAUAAAUAAAUGCAUAAAAAAACAAAAACAAUAAAUGAAAAGAAAAAAAAAACUUGAAUGUUUUCUCAGUGUUCAAAAGCCUAGAUGACGUUUUCUUUAGUCAUCAGGUGUUUUUGUUUCUCAAGAGCUGUUUUUAUUGUUUUGGGAGCUGUAAAUCUGGAAUUCUGUAGCAUGUGUUCUUGGAAAAUGUGUAAAUAAUAUUUACUAAAAUAAAAAAAA